AUGGAAAAGAUAGAGAAUUUAUCCCUCUCAGUUCUGCUGGUUUUAUGGGGAUGCGCGCUUGGAGGCUCGCCCAGUGUUCAGAUUGGUGGACUCUUUCCAAGGGGCGCGGAUCAAGAGUACAGCGCAUUUCGGAUAGGAAUGGUUCAGUUUGGCACUUCGGAAUUCAGAUUGACGCCUCACAUUGACAAUCUGGAAGUGGCGAACAGUUUUGCUGUUACCAAUUGCUUCUGUUCACAGUUUUCGAGAGGAGUGUACGCCAUUUUCGGAUUCUACGACAAGAAGUCUGUCAACACCAUCACAUCCUUUUGUGGGACACUCCAUGUCUCCUUCAUCACACCCAGCUUUCCUCUGGAUGGGAAUCAGCAGUUUAUCAUCCAGAUGAGGCCUGAUAUCAAGGGGCCCCUCCUCAGCCUUAUCGAGUACUACAAGUGGGACAAGUUUGCCUACCUCUAUGACAGCGAUCGAGGCCUGACGACGCUGCAGGUUGUUCUGGACACAGCAGCAGAGAAGAAGUGGCAGGUGACAGCCAUCAACGUGGGGAACCUGAAAGAUGAGAGGAAGGAUGAGGCCUACCGCUCGCUGUUCCAAGACCUGGAGAACAAGAAGGAGAGGAGAGUGAUCCUGGACUGUGAACAGGACAAAGUGAAAGACAUCAUGGAGCAGGUCAUCACAAUUGGCAGACAUGUUAAAGGCUACCACUACAUUAUAGCAAAUCUGGGUUUUGUUGAUGGAGAUCUAUCCAAAAUCCAGUAUGGUGGUGCCAAUGUGUCAGGCUUUCAGAUUGUGGACUUUGAUGAUCCUUUGGUGUCCAAGUUUGACCAGAGAUGGGAAGCCCUGGAAGAAAAGGAGUAUCCCGGUGCUGACAGUAAAAUAAGGUACACAUCAGCAUUGACCUACGAUGCCGUGCAGGUGAUGACAGAGGCUUUCCGCUACCUGCAUAAACAGCGCAUUGACUUCACCAGGAGGGCCAACAAUGGCGACUGCCUGGCCAACCCUGCUGUGCCCUGGGCUCAGGGAGUGGAGAUCGAGCGAGCACUGAAACAGGUGCGCGUGGAAGGCCUGACAGGAAACAUCCAGUUUGACCAGCAUGGCAAGAGAGUCAACUACUCAGUGAAUGUAAUGGAAUUAAAGAGUAAUGGUCCAGUAAAGAUUGGAUACUGGAAUGAAGUGGACAAAAUGGCCGUCACCAAAUCCGAUGUGUUUUCAAAUGAAACAACAGGAAUGGAAAACAAAACUGUCAUUGUCACCACCAUCUUGGAAGCUCCAUAUGUAAUGCUGAAAAAGAACGCUGACCUUUUCGUAGACAAUGAGCGCUACGAGGGUUACUGUGUAGAUCUGGCUGCGGAGAUUGCAAAGCACUGCGGCUUUAAAUAUCAACUGAAAAUAGUGGGGGAUGGGAAAUAUGGAGCCAGAGAUGCCGAGACCAAAAUCUGGAACGGGAUGGUUGGAGAAUUAGUGUACGGGAAAGCAGAUAUUGCUGUGGCUCCUCUGACUAUCACUUUGGUACGAGAGGAAGUGAUUGACUUCUCCAAGCCUUUCAUGUCUCUGGGAAUCUCCAUCAUGAUCAAGAAGCCUCAAAAAUCCAAACCAGGAGUCUUCUCUUUCCUGGAUCCACUCGCCUAUGAGAUUUGGAUGUGUAUCGUUUUUGCCUACAUCGGUGUCAGUGUGGUGCUGUUUCUCGUCAGCCGUUUCAGCCCGUAUGAGUGGCACACGGAGGAAUAUGAGGACGGGCAAAUCCAGACCAAUGAGUCGACUAACGAGUUUGGCAUAUUCAACAGCCUGUGGUUCUCUCUUGGAGCCUUCAUGAGACAAGGCUGUGACAUCUCACCUCGAUCUCUGUCUGGGCGUAUUGUUGGUGGUGUGUGGUGGUUCUUCACUUUAAUCAUCAUCUCCUCCUACACGGCUAACCUGGCUGCUUUCCUCACUGUCGAGAGGAUGGUGUCUCCCAUUGAAAGUGCAGAGGACCUGGCUAAACAGACUGAGAUAGCCUAUGGGACUCUGGACUCCGGCUCUACUAAAGAGUUUUUUAGGCGCUCAAAAAUUGCCCUCUUUGACAAAAUGUGGACGUACAUGCGCAGUGCGGAACCCUCUGUGUUUGUGAAAACCACAGCAGAGGGGGUUCUGAGGGUCCGGAAGUCCAAGGGGAAGUAUGCCUACCUGCUGGAGUCCACCAUGAACGAGUACAUCGAACAGCGGAAGCCCUGCGACACCAUGAAGGUGGGAGGCAACCUGGACUCCAAAGGCUACGGGAUCGCCACGCCGAAAGGAUCCUCAUUAAGAAAUGCGGUUAACCUCGCAGUACUAAAACUGAAUGAGCAAGGCCUGUUGGACAAAUUGAAAAACAAAUGGUGGUACGACAAAGGAGAGUGCGGCAGCGGGGGAGGUGAUUCCAAGGAGAAGACGAGCGCCCUCAGCCUGAGCAACGUGGCUGGGGUCUUCUACAUUCUGGUCGGAGGACUCGGUUUGGCCAUGCUGGUGGCCUUGAUUGAGUUCUGUUACAAGUCCCGAGCCGAGGCGAAACGAAUGAAGGUGGCAAAGAAUGCACAGAAUAUUAACCCAACUUCCUCGCAGAAUUCACAGAAUUUUGCAACUUAUAAGGAAGGUUACAACAUGACCUUUGGGGAUGCCAUGAGGAAUAAAGCGAGACUUUCCGUCACUGGGAGUACAGGGGAGAAUGGUCGGGUGAUGACUCCAGAGUUUCCUAAAGCUGUCCACACUGUCCCUUACGUGAGACCUGACAUGGGACUAAACGUCAGCCUGACAGAUCUGUCCUGAUCAAUGAGAAACUUCUGAGUGCCUUACAAUGGUUUCAAUAGAGCGAUUUUUUUUGUCCUUCUCUCCCUCCUUCUGUUCUGGCACUUUUUCUGUCUGUGUCUGGUGAAAAAGGAAAGGUA